AUGCCCACACCGGGGGACUCGGAUGAUCAGGCUAUCUAUGGCGAUGGCGGCUACUCCAAGCUAUCCGGUGCCACCUUUGCUUGCCAAGCUCGUAGCUUUGGGAGGUUGGGGCAAUACUGGGACUCCUCCGCAUGGGUAUCUGCCCAACUGGCCCGCAAACUCCCCCCUCGCUUGGGCUGGGAGUCCACCUCGCUCUCAAUGGUUUGUGCAUUGUGUUUUCGCCGUGCAGACCAGUGGCACCUGCUAGUGUUCGACCGCAGCGCACUGUUCUCGUCCAUGCGGGCACGCAUGGACGGGCUCCGCGCCCACCCCUUCUUGCGCGUUUUCUCGCGCCUUGCUUUUGUUGCAGAUGGUGUCGUAGGUGUAGACAUCCGUAAUCACCAGUCAAGCUCUUCUCUCCCAUUCCCGGUGCUGACACAGGGCAAUGAAGCGCAGGACGCAGGCUGCGGCAAAUACAUGGGCGGAGCAGGCCGGAUGGCCUUCUGCCCGCACUUGCCCAUUGUGCGUAUCUGUGCCUGGCACUCCGAGGAUAUUGAAGCUGAGCUCGCAGCGGGUAUAGGCCAGGAGGCUCACCUGCAAGCGGAUGUCAACGGCAGCAGUGCCACUGCAUGCUCACGCGAGUCGGGGUCUGACCUCGCCUACCGCGGUGCUUUCCCAAAGGCCAUGGGCGCUGCUAUUUACCAACUGUCCCCUCCAGAAUUGGAAGCGAUGGCAAACCAAGAACUGGAGCAGUUCGCCACCCUCCGGCAAUCGAGGGCUCUCCAAUCUGAACUUUGCAUCCUCUCGCAGUCUAGGCGCAGGGCGCUACCGGCCAUCCAGUUUGCUCAGCGGCUUAUGCUGGGCCUGCGAUGUGUCCGGAGUGCGUACCAAGCUCGCCUUUCGGCGUGGCUCCACCUCGCCAGCAUCGCCCUAGCCGAUCCAGCCCCUCCCGGCGAAGAGGUUGAGUCUCCACCUGAUCUACGUAUAUUGAUCCACCCGCCCACUCGUGACCUGCAGCGUUGGUUAGCAUCUCCUCAAGGUACUGCCCUCGUGCGGGAGAUCCGCUGGGCUCUCUUGCUAUAUGAAGUGGUAGUGCGACGACUGUGA